AUGGCGGCGCCACGAUCUGCAAUGGACGACGCAACCUCGCCUGUCUGCAGACGGAACCACCUUGCUGAGCAUCACCCCAACCGAACAAGCCGGCACACGAUCCUGCCUUCCGACUACAUGGCGAACGAACUGGGGCUGGAGAUGGAGGGCAGAGUCGGCAUGAGGGGCCCACGGAAGCUCAAUUCACUCUAUGUCCCUGAGGACGCGUCUGAAAAAGACUGA